CUCGCAUUUUUUAGUACCUUCUACCAUCCAUGGAUAGCAUUUAUCUCUUUAUCUCUCUAUCCCAACACCUUACCCUUGCCUUGAACUUAUUUGCGAAGCCUUUACUAGGUAGCAAGCUCAGUUUCACGUCUGCUACCUCCUAGUUUAUCCCGACUCACCGUAUUUUCUUUGUCAUGAAUCGGAAAGUUAAGCUCGAAUCGAGACGGCGGUAACGUAGACGUACAUACAUAAUAUUUCCCUUGUACCAGUUCUACCUAAGCUUCGGUACACAACAACCAGUUCCUCUUAGCCGGGAAAGGCCUUGAAAUAGCUGUAUCACAUAUUUGAGACAGGACCGUCGGCGUUUAUUCUACCUACAUUGAAUCAUAUUUCGCAUUCCCAGUCGAUAACCUCCGAAUCAUCCAACGGCAAAUCACACAGCUCACAGCUCACAGCUCGCAGCCAUGUCGAGCCCGGCUCUUAAUUUCAUUACCUUCAACCAAGACCACAGCUGCCUAGCUGUUGGUACUUCGAAAGGAUUUCGCAUCUAUCAUACAGAUCCGUUUUCUAAGAUCUUCAGUAGCGAUGACGGAAACAUUGCCAUUGUCGAGAUGCUCUUCUCCACCUCCCUCGUUGCCCUCGUCCUCUCUCCUCGCCACCUAAUAAUACAGAACACGAAACGUUCGUCCGUUAUUUGCGAGCUCACGUUUCCAUCCGCCGUCCUUGCCGUCCGCUUAAACCGCAAACGACUAGCUGUCGUGCUCGAAGAUGAGAUCUACCUAUAUGACAUAGCCAACAUGUCCCUCCUUACCAACAUUGCCACCUCUCCGAACCCCAGUGCUGUCUGCGCUCUUUCCCCAUCUUCCGAACACUGCUUCCUAGCCUACCCAUUACCGAAACCUCGUGACGAUACUCAAGAUAAACGACCGUCGCAUGCGCCUCCAGCUUCUCUAUACGCCCCCGUUACAUCCGGGGACGUCCUAAUCUACGACACCUUAACCCUUAAGGCCGUCAAUGUCAUCGAGGCACAUCGUUCACCUUUAUCAUGUAUCGCGCUGAACAACGAAGGCAACCUGCUAGCAACAGCAAGCGAGACGGGAACGAUUAUCCGAGUAUUCUCAGUGCCUAGAGGGCAGAAACUGUUCCAAUUCCGACGCGGCACCUACCCUAGCACGAUCUACAGCAUGUCAUUUAACAUGGCUAGCUCGCUUCUCUGCGUAUCCUCCACCUCAGAUACCGUCCACAUAUUCCGCCUCCAGCAGCCGGGUCCCAAUACCAACACUCCCUCCGAGACACCCGGCUCCCCUCGAGAAAACCGCUGGUCCCGCAGCCGCAGCUACGACAGUGGUAACGAUUCUCCUAAUAGCACGACCGGUUCACCCCGCAGCGACGUAGCCGAUAUGGCGGCACCGCCGCCGUCUAACCCGCCUAUAGUUAAUCGCCCUAGGCACAGCGGCUCCUUCAGUAGUAUGAUCCGGCGCUCGUCGCAGCUUAUGGGUCGCAGCGUGGCCGGCGUCGUAGGCAACUACCUGCCGCAGACCGUAACAGAGAUGUGGGAGCCGCUACGCGACUUCGCAUACAUCAAGAUCCCAAAGAGCUCAUCCGCGUCGCCGCGCCCCGGCGCCUCAGCCAGCGGCCAACAGCUGCGCAGCGUGGUAGCCAUGAGCAGCAGCAGUCCGCAAGUAAUGGUCGUCACAAGCGACGGCGGCUUCUACGUAUUCAACAUCGACAUGGAGCAAGGCGGAGAGGGCUAUUUAGUUAAGCAGUUUUCGGUCCUCGACAGCGACGAUAAGCUCGAUGCCUCGAAUUACGGUCCCUAGAGCGGCAUGUACACCGAGGAAGAGGAGGACGAUAAGGACGAGCGCGUCUGGCUCGAAGGCUCGGGCUGGAUGCUCCUCAAUUGCUGGUCUGUCCCGAACGAAGAAUGGGAAUCAUCUGGGAGGCGUUAAAUGGUUAUAAUACAUACAUACAUUUGGGGAAGGGGGGGUUAGUGAAAGGGGAGGAGGGGGGUUCAUUGCUGUGUUUUUUUUUUUUUUUCAAUCUUCUUCUCGAGACACUUCGAUUUCUUAAUCCAGUUGACCCCCCCUUUGUCUCUGUACCAUGGAGGUCUUCUUACUAGCUGAACGAAAAU